AAGGCCGGCAGGGGCCGGGCGCACGCGUCUUCUCCGACCAAAGGCGCCUCAGGGCGGGCUGGGUUCCCGCCCCACGGCCUCGGGCGCUGCUUCCGAACCUCCGCUCCGUUUCCAAAGGUUCCUUGUCUGAGGGAGCGACUGCGGAGGCUCUGGACCAACCGCCGUGCGUAGGAAGCUUCCUCAGCCGGCUGAGCGCUGAGCGGGGAGAUUCGAGGAUGUUUCUGGGGAGAAAUCCCAGCACGAGCUCAGAGGAAGGGGAGAUCCCUUGAGUGGGACGUGAACACACUCAAUACUCAAUAUCGGGACCUUCGAGGAGAAUGAGCUGGGGACCCGCUUUCCGAGUCAUGUUGGAACCAGAACCCCAGUUAACCAGGACUACUGAGUCAGAAGAAGAUUAUAGAGAACUCAUAGCAGCUCUUAAAUGCCCUAGACCAGAAGUGACUUGUGUCACUUCCACCUGCAGUUCUUUGUCCAAAAGUGGAAUUCAAUAGCCUCACCCUAACUACAGAAGAAGCUUGGACAUGAGAGAGAGGUGCACAUGGAAUCUUUAGAGAAUUCUACUGUCUCUGAGGCACAAAGGGAUACUAAACUCGCUCAGUGUCCCAGAGCUGGUAACGGAUAAAAGCUAGACUGAAACCCAGGCUUCCCGGCCCCAGAGCCUGUCUUCUUGACCACAAUGCUGGUGUAACAGUUCCACACGGGAGAUCUACUGAGAUCCAGAGGGCACCUCGUGCACUGUUCUUCCUGUCCCCACUCUUCUCAAAAGUGACCGCCUCUUCUGCUUCAGUAACAGGGUGUUUUGUACUUCAUAAUCUUUAGCUUACUAUGGCCAGUCAACUAGCCCUGCCUUCUUACUUGCUCCUCUCCAUAAAAUAAGAGUCUAUCCUGAGCAAGGAUUCACCAUGAAUGCAUCGGCCAGAAAGAGCAAGACCCACCCCUCAGAGGCCAGGCUUGCCCCUCCGCCCUAGCAGGGGUGUUCUAGCUGUCUCCAGCAGUCUUUGGUGGUGGCUUUGAGCAGAAGUAUUUUUCUCCCUGGUUCAAUGGAGGUUGGGAGGCAAAAGGUGCUGGGAAAAUUGCACCAGGAUACUAGACAUCCCCCAUCCCCUUACAACUCCCCAAAAUGGCUCUAAAAGAAAACGAACAGUACCAGCCACUACUUGUGACAAUCUGGACUUAUCCAAUGCAACAUCAAUGUCAACCCAGUGUCUACAUGGCUGGGCCAGGCACGCUGCAGACUGUACAUUGUGCGAACCUUUCAAAGAUCCCGUGGGACAAAUCUUAUCAACAACCACCCACUCCUCCACUUUUCAGAUGAGAAGACAAAAGUUAGAAGAGGUAAAUGGCUUGCCAUGGGCCAUCUUAUAAGUGUCUGUGCCAGGAUUUAAGCUCAAGACUUUGAGAUUCCAAAGACCCUGCAUCUUGCCAGUACACAACACUGUUUCUCUUAGAAUCCCACAUUAAUAAAAGCAGCCAACAUUGAUUAUGCCAAGCACUGUGCUAUGUGCGUUUCAUGAAUUAUUUCAUCUGAUACUAACAAUGACACCAACAAAGAGCAACCAUAGGAAAUAUGUGUCACUAUUGGCACUCCCAUCUCAUAGAUAAGGAAACUGAAGUGUAGAAGAAGGAGGUCCACGAAGGUCAAAGAGAGCGUAAGCGGCAGACCUGACGCUUAAACCCAAAUCUCUCUGCCUCGGAUCACAGACUUUAACUACUAGGCAACGCUGCCACCUGGCUGUCAUUUAAACGAGAACAUUGGAGACCUGGGACUGGGAGAGUGGAGCAGGUUAGCUACAGAGAACGUGUGGAAGUGCUCCAUUUGGCUUUAUCUGUUCAUUCACACUGCAAGGUCUCCCUACAAUAAUUGGAGAUUACUUUAUAUAGUUUGUUUUUCUAACCAAUUUUCUCUCCAUGAGGGCUUGUGAUUGCUUUCUGACCUGUUAAACGUGAGCAUCUCCUCCCCCUUCUGAAUCAUUCAAUUCCUGCCAAGUUCUCCACCCCAGCUGUGGCCAGGAACCAAGUUCUGUUGUGCGCACAGAGAGAACUGAACUUCUGAUCAGAGAGAACUGAACCCGCAAAGUCCCCAUCCAAGACCUAACCCAAGUAUUUCCUAGACAGUACCAGCCAUCUCUUCUCAAGGCAGGUGGUGGCCUGAGAAUUCUGUGCCUGCUUCCUGAGGACUGCUCCACCAUGCAACGGCUGAUGAAGUUCCGGGUCCUCUGGGACAUCCACAAAUCCCGCUGUGGCUUCCACCCUGCCCUUCAGCACCUGCGCUGCCAGUCUUUAUCGGGAGCUGGAGCCCCAAGAUGGAAUGACUGUGAUACACCUGAGGAAUUUAACUUUGCAAGUGAUGUACUGGACUACUGGACUCAAAUGGAGAAGGCUGUGUUGUGUCUUCGUUGCUGCACAUGGGCUUUCUCUAGUUGCGGCGAGUGGGAGCUACUCUUCAUUGCGGAAGGCAAGAGAGGUCCAAACCCAGCCCUGUGGUGGGUGAAUAAUCAAGGGGAUGAAGUGAAGUGGAGUUUCAGAGAGAUGACAGACUUAACCCGUCGUGCAGCCAACGUCUUCACACAGACCUGUGGCCUCCAGGAGGGAGACAAUCUAGCCUUGAUUCUGCCUCGAGUGCCUGAGUGGUGGCUGGUGAUUGUGGGCUGCAUCCGAACAGGGAUCGUCUUCAUGCCAGGGACCACCCAGAUGAAGGCCAAGGACAUUCUCUACCGACUACAAGUGUCUAAAGCCAAGGGCAUCGUGACCACAGAUACCCUUGCCCCAGAGGUGGAUUCUGUGGCCUCUGAGUGUCCUGCUCUGAAAACCAAGCUCCUGGUGUCUGACCACAGCCGUAAAGGGUGGCUGGACUUCCGAUCACUGAUUCAAUCAGAAUCCCCAGUUCACACCUGUAUUAAGUCAAAGACCCUGGACCCAAUGGCCAUCUUCUUCACCAGUGGGACCACAGGCUUCCCCAAGAUGGCAAAGCACAGCCAUGGACUUGCUUUGCGAUCCUUCUUCCCUUCAUGCAGGAAAUUACUGCAGCUGAAGACGUCUGAUGUCCUCUGGUGCGUGUCAGACACAGGCUGGAUUCUGGCUGUCCUGGGGUCCCUGCUUGAACCAUGGACAGCGGGGUCUACAGUCUUUGUCCAUCAUCUGCCCCAGUUUGACCCCAAGGUCAUUGUACAGACAUUAUUCAAAUACCCUAUUACCCAAUGCUUUGCUGCGCCCUCUGUAUUUCGAAUGAUUCUGCAGCAGAAUUCCACCAGCCUCAGGUUCCCCACCCUGGAGCACUGCUGUACUGGUGGGGAGGCCCUGCUGCCCGAGGAGCAAGAGCUGUGGAGAAGACAGACAGGCAUUCUGCUCUACCAGGCCUACGGACAGUCAGAGACGGGAAUAAGUUGUGGCACUCUCCGGGGGAUGAAGAUCAAGCCGGGUUCCAUGGGGAAGGCCAUCCCACCCUACGACAUUCAGAUCAUUGAUGACAAGGGCAACAUCCUGCCGCCCAACACUGAAGGAAACAUUGGCAUCAGGAUCAAGCCUACCAGGCCCAUAGGCGUCUUCAUGCACUAUGAGAGUAACCCGGUGAAGACAGCCGAAGUGGAGUGUGGGGACUUUUACAACAGUGGGGACAGAGCAACUAUUGAUGCAGAGGGCUACUUCUGGUUCCUGGGGAGGGCCGAUGAUGUCAUCAAUGCCUCCGGGUACCGCAUUGGGCCGGCAGAAGUGGAGAACGCCCUGGCAGAGCACCCAGCGGUGGCUGAGUCCGCUGUGGUGAGCAGCCCGGACCCGAUCCGAGGGGAGGUAGUGAAGGCUUUCAUUGUCCUGACCCCAAAAUUCCUGUCCCAUGAUCGGGACCAGCUCACCAAGGAGCUGCAGCAGCAUGUGAAGUCAGUGACAGCCCCGUACAAGUACCCAAGGAAGGUGGAGUUUGUCUCAGAGCUGCCCAAAACCAUCACUGGCAAGAUAAAAAGAAGUGAACUCCGGAAGAAGGAGUUUGGUCAGAUGUAAUUGGCAAUAAACUCAGAAACCACUGUGUGAUGUUGGCCAAAUGCCUGGUGGCCUCAGUUUCCUCACGAUGGUGAGGGUGAGGAGAGGAACGCUGAGAGAGUUGACUUGAAAGAGAGCCAGGAGUGUCAACAUUCCAGCAUUUUUGUUCUUUUAAAUUAAUAUCAAUCACUAUCCUUCCUCCAAGUUCCCUGUUCCUUUCAGAUUGCCCAGCUGAGCGCUCAGAAUGGGGCUGAAGCAAAUUAAAUACUGACUCAGCAUCCA